CUCCCCAGAGCAGGGCAGGUUUUGGGGUCCCCGGGCUUCUCCUUCCCCAGCUCCGGACCCCGUGGCGGGGGUGACCCCCGCCCUGAGGGCUCCCCGGCCCCCCCCCAGGUUCAAGUUCGACUACACCAACGAGCGGGCGCUGCGGCGGACGCUGCAGGAGGAGCUGGUCAAGGACAUCCUGAGCAACGCGCACAUCCAGAACGAGCUGGAGCGCGAGUUCGAGAAGAUGCGGGAGGACCGCGAGGUGCUGCGCGUCAUCUUCCCCACGGGGGACAGCAAGGUGGUGCUCCCCUGUAACCUGCUGCGCAUGAUCUGGAACGCCCAGAAGAUUUUCCACAUCAACUCCCGCCUGCCCUCGGACCUGCACCCGGUCAAGGUGGUGGAGGGGGUGAAGGAGCUGAGCCGCAAGCUGGUGAUCGUGAACGGGGAGGACCCGCUGAGCCGGCAGGCGCAGGAGAACGCCACGCUGCUCUUCAACAUCCACCUGCGCUCCACGCUCUGCAGCCGCCGCAUGGUGGAGGAGUUCCGCCUCAGCGGGGAGGCCUUCGACUGGCUGCUGGGAGAGAUCGAGUCCAAGUUCAACCAGGCCAUCGCACACCCUGGGGAGAUGGCGGGGUCAGUCUGUGGGGUUCAGGGUCAGUUUGUGGGGUUCAGG